AUGGAAGAUCCUACAUCUCAAGUAUUUCGACGAAAAAACAAGGAGUCUUUCCGUGUCCACCACGAAGGAAACGAUGAAGACGCGUCCCAACUGAUGAAUGGUGAGACGCAAUGCGACUGCAGAGAAUCAUGCGGCGAGAAUUUGGAGGGCGUUGAAAUACGAUCACAUAAUUUGCUCCAGACUUCGCGAAUCCAUCCUCAAGUCCACAUCACCUCGAUCAGUUGGACAACCACUGACGAGCUUAUGACGCAGAUGCUUAGGCCGCGGCACAUCGCUUCCUCUGCUAAGACCGAGUGGCUACUUCGAAUGUCGAAGCUGGUGUCGGUUGUGGUCCGUAGUGCGUCAACACUUUUCGGUUUGAUGCCAAUCAACGUCAUCAAAGCGCCCCAAGGCCUGACAGCUGAUAACUGCAAGUCUACAGCCAAAUGGAGCGAGCAUGUCAAUCAUGGGAAGUGGCUAUGGCCAAUUGAAUACCAGACCGGUAACCGUUUAACAUUUACCUAUGAGCAAGACGCAGCAUUGGCUGUCCAACCUAAUGUUCUUCCCAACAGUUACUGCGCGAUGACCGUUUUGGAAACGAUAUCGGCUCUCUACAUCAACGUAAAUUCGUUGUCAAGUUCCAACGUUCUUCCCAAGCCUUGCAAUCACAUUGUCCACUCCCAAUCACCCCCGACAACUAGCAAUCGUCUCCGGCCUAACCGUCUGCGCAAACCUCACCAACUCAUUCACCUGCACCCACCGCUCGUCCUCAUGUCCCUCAUAAGAACGCCCGCACUUCAAAUCGGGAAACAAACCAUUCAAAUACCGCCUGAUGCGAAAAGCGUCCCGCGCAUCCCAAUCGUCUACUACCGAUGCAAUCGGUUGUACUGCUUGUAUGUCGCUCGUAUCCAGGGGUAUCCGCAGUUCCGUAAGCUUGGGACAACGUUCCGCGAGGACUCGAAGAGACUUCAUCCUCGGCCGAAUACGAGUGGGAGGGAGGAACGGGAGGAGGAGGUCGUUCAAGUUUGGCCAGGUCUUCGCCCACUCUUCUAUCAGGUCAUCGCUGAUAUCCAUGAGGUAUCCACGUAG